UACUAGCUGGGUGCCACAGUAUUGUGAGCAGCAUUCACCCUUGCAGUCUUCAGAAAACGGGUCAUGGUACAACAACCAGGGUAAAUAUACCGAAGACAUUAUGAUGGCAACAUCACCCCGCGAGCUCACACAGAACCCGCUGAAGAAAAUCUGGAUGCCGUGUAAAAAUGGUCUUCCAGAAAAAAACAUUUCUCAGAGAAAGGUAUGCAUGACCAACUGUCCCACCCUUAUUGUCACGGUGGGUCUUCCAGCCAGAGGGAAAACCUACAUCUCCAAGAAGUUGACCCGCUACCUGAACUGGAUAGACGUACCCACCAAAGAGUUCAAUGUGGGGCAGUACCGGCGGGAGUGUGUAAAGAUCUACAAGUCUUUUGAGUUUUUCCGUCCAGACAACGAGGAGGGUUUGAAGAUAAGGAAGCAGUGUGCAUUAGCAGCACUGAAUGACGUCCGGCACUACCUUAGAGACGAAGGGGGCCAGGUGGCGGUGUUUGAUGCCACCAAUACGACAAGAGAGAGAAGAGGGACCAUCAUGAAGUUUGCGGAACAGAAUGGCUAUAAGGUCUUCUUUGUGGAGUCUGUCUGUGAAGACCCUGAUGUCAUUGCACAAAACAUAGUGCAAGUGAAGCUGGGCAGCCCAGACUACAUAGACUGUAACACAGAGGAGGCCAUACAGGACUUCAUGAAGAGGAUAAAGUGCUACGAGAACUCAUACCAGCCUCUGGAUGAACUUCUGGACAGAGAGCUGUCCUACAUCAAGAUCAUGGAUGUGGGCCGGCGGUACCUGGUGAACCGGGUCCUGGACCACAUCCAGAGCCGGAUCGUAUACUACCUGAUGAACAUCCACAUCACGCCCCGCUCCAUCUACCUGUGUCGGCACGGCGAGAGUGACCUGAACAUCAAGGGCCGCAUCGGGGGGGACUCCGGGCUGUCUGUGAGGGGCAAGGAGUUUGCCCGGUGUUUGGGCCGCUUCAUCCAGGACCAGAACAUCAGAGACCUGAAGGUGUGGACCAGCCAGAUGAAGAGGACCAUUCAGACGGCAGAGGGCCUGGACGUGCCCUACGAGCAGUGGAAGGCCCUCAACGAGAUUGACGCAGGUGUGUGUGAGGAGAUGAUGUACGAAGAAAUUCAGGAACACUACCCACUGGAAUUUGCCAUGAGGGACCAAGACAAAUAUCGCUACCGCUACCCCAAAGGAGAGUCGUAUGAGGACCUGGUGCAGAGACUGGAGCCAGUGAUCAUGGAGUUGGAGCGUCAGGAGAACGUGUUGGUCAUCUGUCACCAGGCUGUUAUGCGUUGUCUCCUGGCCUACUUCCUGGACAAGUCUGCUGAGGAGCUGCCUUACCUGAAGUGCCCUUUGCACACAGUCCUGAAACUCACUCCUGUGGCUUACGGCUGCAAGGUGGAGUCCAUCUCUCUGAACAUAGAGGCAGUGAACACCCACAGGGACAGACCAGAGAAUGUAGACAUUACGCGGAUAUCGGAAGAGGCCCUGCUUACCGUCCCUGGUUACCAAUGAGCAUGUCUCCUGACAUAAAUAACCACCACUGUGUCGGACUGUCCAUCCCACCCCCAUCUCUCAUGUAUUCUUUAGUUUUCUUUUUUGGAUCAGAAAAGCACAACUGAAUGUUCAUUUUAACUCUGUGAUGUUCUCACCUUUUCUCACAUUGCAAUAAUUAACUGGAAUCCAGUCACAUGGUGAUUUUACCCUGCAGUUGAGGUCUCAAUUCUUUUUGUGUGUGAUUUUUCUAUAUGUAGGGACGUGUACAUUGGGUAUUUUGAAGAAAUAUUCAGUAUUUGGGACUUGAUGUGAAAUGUUUUUUUUUUUAAGCUGCUAACGUGAACGUGGUCAAAACGUGAAUGCGUGCAGUUUGUCUCCUUUAGAUGUGUUUGCAGGAAAUUGGUACUUUUGUAUCUGUGAGUUUACACAUUUAACUGUUAGGUUAUAUUCUCUGCAGAAGUGCGUAGUCACGAUUACUUACUUUUGAAGCCAAAUUAUUAACUUACAAAGUGAAAUGUGGAUGGUAGUAAAGCAAAAUAGCUAGGUACAAUAUCUUUUAUAAAAUAAGACAAGACAUUGUUCAUUGUUCCUUUCUGUCUGAUUUUCUUUUACUGAAAACACUGAAAUUUAAAGUAGCACCUUUAGAAGAAAGUUGUGAUUUAUUUUUACCUUUGUCUUUUGUUUUUUGCUCUUACUGCCAUUUGAUACGUACAAAUCUGUAAGCCAUCAUGGUUGAUUUCAGCGUUCACAGUGUUGUAAUAAACUACAGUAACAUCAGACCAGAGUCUCUCAGCGUGGAAAGCCACUGUAGUGCUGGAAUAGGGCUGAAAAUCCAGACAAUACAUGCGUCUUACUUCCAGCCCACUUUAUUUGCUUGCAAGGCAGGUGCUUUACGUAGAAUGUUUACCUGGUGAAAAGUGAAAAUUCUCAUUGUUGGAACAGUUCAGUAGUUUAAAGUACAACAUUUGCUUUUGAGAAACUUUAUUGGAUUUGUAAUUCAGAGAAAUAUUACAUUUAAUAUACUACAUCUGCAAUGAUGUUCAAUGCUCCUGAGUGACACAGUUGGUAAAGUAACUCUCCAAGAACAGAGACAAUAGGUGGUAGCCGUAUUAUUCUAGGUUUUGGCUUUGGCCUGGACUACGUCACUUGCUUACUAUGAACAGGGGGACACGUAAGGUCAGUGGUUCUAAUCCCGGUGUAGCCACAAUAAGAUACGCACAGCCGUUGGGCCCUUGAGCAAGGCUUUGCUCCAGGGGAGGAUUGUCUCCUGCUUAGUCUAAUCAACUGUACGUCACUCUGGAUAAGAGCGUCUGCCAAAUGCCAAUAAUAAAAUGUAAUGUAAUGUAAUGAACAGGAGUUGGGUGGAGUUGGUAUGGUCCUGUCUGUCAUAGGGAUAACUCCAGGAAAGCCCCCCAGCUUAAAAGCACCCUAUAUUAGACCCUCACAGCGGGCUAACACCCACAGGAGAUAAGACUGCAGCAGUCUUCUGAGGCACUGUGUGGCUCAAAUGCUUCAGCUGCAGUACUCUUGGUGUGUCGUGCGAGUGGCAUAGCAGUGUUAUCAAUAACAUAAUCUAGGGAGGAAAGAAUUAUUAUAAGUCUUGGAAGGCUGCAUACAGUACAUAAACAUGGACUUCUAAGCAUAUAGAAUAAGGAAAAUGGUUGUGAUUUUUAAGUGUAUUUAGUAUAGGGAAGCUGAACAGGCUGAAAUGAGCUAAGACCACUGUCAUUGUGCAUUUUACACUGCAUGUCAUGCAUUCAUCCGUAACCUGGCCUCCUGAUCUGUUCUGACUCUAUUAAUGUCCUGAGAUAGGUGCUUUCUGUAAUUAAAAAAAUACAGGUGCUUUAAAUUGUGUUUUUAAUCACAAUUUAGUUCAUUUUCAUGCCGUGACUAUAAUGAUUUUUGUCCAUCAGGUAUUUCUCAUUAUUGCAAAGAAAUUUUGCUGAAGAUUAAGCAUUUUGAUUUCAUUCUAACUGUACACCCAGUUAAUGUAAUGGGUGUAUUUUGCGAGAUUUCCAUGACGUACAGUACAUGCCUAGAUAAUGUGAAGAAAUAAAUCAUCCAUUGGAAAUAUG